AUGAAAGACUCUCAACCUCCCUGCACGCGCUGCAAGAAGCGAGGCCUACCAUGCACUGUCAACAAGAGCCUUCAAAUGCUCCUCGAGAGUGACUCGGUAUGGAAAGAGGCCAUCGAGCGGAAGAUUCACGAUCUGGAGACUGGGCUCACCCGAGUCUCAGACCAUCUAUCUCUCCCCACCGUCAACAGUGCCAGCGACGAAGACGAACAUGAUGAUGACCAUCGCAUUGCAGAGCCUUUACGAAUGCCUCCUCCAGCUCAAGUCUCUCCACAAGCAGAGAAACACACUCCGCACAACUUUGAGAUUGUCAUGGAUCCCGAUUCUGGCCCAGCUGCAAUCCCGGGAUCGGUGGUAUCGCCCGUCCUCAUGGGCGGAGUCGAGCCGGACCGUGCAGAGCACGAUGUCAUCCGACGAGGCUGUGUAACACUCGAAGAAGCACAACGCUACCUCGACGUCUAUCAAAAUCGCCUGGAUCAUUUCCUCUACCGAAUCAUCGGAGAUCGGCGAACGCUUGCUCAAGUCCGGGCGGCAUCGCCUCUGCUUCUCGCUGCCAUCUGUGCUGUCGGUGCACUCCAUCUUGCUUCACCAGCCUUCGAAAAAUGCUACGAAGAAUUCGUUGCCAUUGCUGCAGCUCACACAUUUUCUCGACGAAACACCGUCGACGACGUCCGUGGCCUGUGCGUGGCUGCGUUUUGGCUGAGCAGCAUUUCGUGGACGUGUAUUGCGGCCGCUGUUCGAAUCAGUACCGAGAUCCAACUGCACCGGAGUAUUUUCAAGGCUCUGACGGGCGAUCGUACGCAUUAUCUGCGCACUCGACUAUACUACCUGGUCUACGUCUGCGAUCAUCACUUUUCCAUCGUCUUUGGUCGGCCUCCCAUGACUCGCGAGGACGAUGCCAUUCGAGCCGCCGCCCAGUUCUUGGACACCGAAAACGCUGUAGAAGACGACAGUCGACUUGUGAGCCAGGUCCAUUUUUGGUCGGUUGGAAGCGAGAUCUACGCCACAUUUGGCAUCGACGUCGAGAGACCUUUGACUCGGCACAUGAUCGAGCCGCUGCGUCGUUACGGCAUCAAACUCGACAACAUCCGCGCGGAUUGGACGGAACGGUUCUCCUACAACAAAUACGUGGGCAAUUAUCCCCGUAAGGGCGUGGGUCUUCACUAUCACUUCGCCAGGCUGUACCUAUGCUCCAUGGCUUUUCGCGGGAUCGGGCAGCCUGGGUUCAAAUCGUCCGAUGUUGCCCUUGACAUUGAUGAGAUUGCCAAUUCCGCCAUCCUGUCCGCUACCGCCAUCCUCCGAGCUGUGGUUACCGACACCGAGAUCCAGUCGUAUCUCAAUGGACUACCCACCUACUUUGACGUCAUGAUUGCGUUCGCCGUGGUGUUUGUCCUCAAAGUCUCCACCAAAUACUCCUCAUCCGUGCGCAUCGACAGUGGCGAGACACGACAACUCGUGGCGGAGCUUGUCUCCGUCUUGAAAGGUGUCACCGCAUCCAUGCACCCUCGACACCUCCUCGCCAGCGUCGCCCAUGGCGCGGAAAAGCUCCUGGCCAAAUGCUCGCCGCAAGAUCUCGGCCCGGUGCCGGCGAAUGCGCACAUCACCAUGAGCCAACCCACGUUUGACGAGGGCCUGUACGACAUGUCGUAUGCGUGGAAUGACAACUCGUUCGACAACUUCUACAUGGGGGAAUUCGACUUCCUCUCGAAUCAAGAUACCUUCAGCAACUUCCAACCGGAUCUGCGAUACCAGUCUCUGCCGCAGCUGUAG